AUGGCCAGGAAGAAACGCACCGCCAACUUUGAGCAGUACACUGUCUUAGAUGUCAGUGCUGAUGGCACAAAGAGUUACACUCACUACCUGGGUCCACCUCAGCGCGACAUUGUGUGGCACACGGAAUAUGUAUCUGGAGGCAACAAAGUCACCGCUCAGACGUCGUUCUACAGUACUCCCACCACGAAUGCAGGCGGACAAAGUGCGCCAUCAUUUGAUUUGUCAGAGCUCUGCGGUCCUGCGAGUUCUGAGGUUGUGAAUGAGGACAUUGAUCUUUUUGACCUGGACGCAAAGUAUCUGGAGGACAUGGAAAAGUUGUCUGGACAAACACCCCGUUGA